AUGCCUUCCGCAACCGGCUCCAACUGGGAGAAGUACCAGAAGAACUUUGCCGACGAUGAGGUAGAAGAGAAGAAGAUUACACCUCUAACGGACGAGGAUAUUCAGGUUCUCAAGACCUACGGCGCCGCGCCUUACGGUACAUCUAUCAAGAAGCUCGAGAAGCAGAUCAAGGAGAAGCAACAAAGUGUCGAUGAGAAGAUCGGCGUAAAGGAAUCCGACACAGGACUCGCGCCUCCCCAUCUAUGGGAUGUGGCCGCCGACCGUCAGCGAAUGUCUGAAGAGCAACCUUUCCAGGUGGCACGUUGCACGAAAAUCAUAGCUGACGAGAAGGGCGACGAGGCCAAGAGCAAAUAUGUGAUCAACGUCAAGCAAAUCGCAAAAUUCGUUGUCCAGCUUGGAGAGCGCGUCAGUCCUACCGACAUCGAAGAAGGGAUGCGCGUGGGUGUCGAUAGGAACAAGUACCAAAUUAUGCUUCCCCUACCGCCCAAAAUCGAUGCGAGCGUUACGAUGAUGACGGUGGAGGAGAAGCCCGAUGUCACCUACGGCGAUGUUGGUGGUUGUAAGGAGCAGGUUGAGAAGCUACGGGAAGUUGUCGAAAUGCCUCUACUGUCUCCUGAGCGCUUUGUCAACCUCGGUAUUGAUCCCCCCAAGGGAGCCCUGCUCUACGGUCCUCCUGGAACCGGAAAGACCCUCUGUGCCCGAGCUGUUGCCAACCGAACAGACGCCACCUUUAUCCGAGUUAUUGGUAGUGAGCUGGUUCAGAAAUAUGUCGGCGAGGGCGCAAGGAUGGUUCGAGAGCUCUUCGAGAUGGCCCGUACAAAGAAGGCAUGCAUCAUUUUCUUCGACGAGAUCGACGCCAUUGGUGGUGCUCGAUUUGACGAUGGUGCUGGUGGAGACAACGAAGUUCAGCGAACUAUGCUUGAGCUUAUUACGCAGCUUGACGGUUUCGAUGCUCGUGGAAACAUCAAGGUCAUGUUUGCCACCAACAGACCCUCUACAUUGGAUCCUGCGCUCAUGCGACCCGGCCGUAUCGAUCGAAAGAUCGAGUUCUCACUGCCUGACCUCGAGGGCCGUGCUAACAUUUUGCGCAUCCACGCUAAAUCCAUGUCGGUCGAGCGAGACAUCCGGUGGGAGCUCAUCUCUCGUCUCUGCCCCAACGCAACGGGUGCUGAGCUGCGUAGUGUUUGCACUGAGGCCGGCAUGUAUGCCAUUCGCGCAAGGAGAAAGGUUGCAUCCGAGAAGGACUUCCUCAGUGCAGUUGACAAGGUCAUCAAGGGUAACCUUAAGUUCAACUCGACGGCGACGUAUAUGCAGUACAACUAG